AAAUUUAAGUCAAAUUUUAAAGAACUCUAAUGUUCCUAACUGUCAAAAGGACUUAAUUUUUGAAAUAUUUAAAGCUUCCAAAGUCGUCAACUCCAAAAACAGAAAAUAUUUUGAAAACUGGAUAUUACUCUGUUUAUUGUUUCAAAUAAGGUAAAGCUGUACAUCAUGAGUUGUACUAGAUAUUUUAAUGAUUUGCUUUUUUUCAGAUCACCAACUGGGUAUAAAUUUUUACGUGACCAUAAUAUUCUUCCUUUGCCAUGCAUCAACACAGUUCGGAAAUAUUUACUUCCAUUAAAAUCGGUUGUGGAUUUGAUCCAAAUCUAUUCAAACUUUUAAAAAAGAAAUUUAGUACCAAAAAUAAAUUUCAAUGUAAAGGCAUACUUUUAUUGGACGAAAUGUUCUUACGGGAGAGUAUUAGUGUCAGUAGUAGGACAUUAACGUAUACAGGGUUAGAAGAUUGUGGAGAUGAAAUUGAAUCCAAACAAGAAAGCAACUUGAAGGCUAACCAUGGGUUAGUCUAUAUGUGGCAAAGUCUAGAAGAAAAUGUGGCACAACCUGUAGCAGUAUUUGCUUCGCAUGGACCUAUAAAAGGAGUUGAUCUAGCUAAAUUAGUUGUUAAGGCUAUUUUAUUAAUAGAAGACUCUAGAGGAGAGGUAGUUGGAUUAACUUCUGACGGGGCUUCUACUAAUAGAACCAUGUGGAAUUCAUUAGCGAUUUGAGCUAAGAAAAUUGAUUUUAAAAACUAUUUUAUAAACCUUUUGAUCCUUCGAGAAAAGUCUUUGUAUUUUCGGAUGCACCUCAUCUCAUAAAAACAGUACGGAAUCGUUUGUACACAAAUAAACAA